CGGGGAUACACUUGCGCGGUGACUUAAGCGGGGAAGCGAUAGCGCUGCCCAGGAGCACCGCGGCGAGGAGAGGGCGCUCGGGAAGACAGACACUGGGUAAAGGAGUAAACAAGAGUACACCCAGCUCGAAGAGCAGCCAGGACCAAUCACCAUGGCAUCCAUGUCGACUCAUGAAAGCCAGGAGAAAGGUCCCCAUUUGCCACCACUAAAUAAGAAGAGCCUGCUGUUUUGUCCGAAAUCAAAACUGCACAUCCAUAAAGGAGAGAUUGCAAAGAUCAUCCGAGAAUGUCAAGAAGAAAGUUUCUGGAAGAGAGCUCUGCCUUUUUCUCUUGUGAGCAUGCUUGUCACCCAGGGACUAGUCCACCAAGGUUAUUUAGCAGCUAAUCCAAGAUUUGGAUCAUUGCCUAAAGUUGCACUUGCUGGUAUCUUGGGAUUUGGCCUGGGAAAGGCAUCUUACAUUGGAGUGUGCCAGAGUAAAUUCCAUUCCUUUGAAAAUCAGCUUCGUGGGGCUGGAUUUGGUCCCCACCACAACAGGCACUGCCUGCUCACCUGUGAGGAAUGCAAAACAAGGCAUGGAUUAAGCCAGAAGGGAGACUCGCAGCCAUCAGCCUCCUAAACUCGGUGUCUACGGCUUUUAAAGAUUUUUAAACUUCUGAAUUUGGAUGCAUUACAAAUUUCAAGUACACUUUAAAAUCUACUUGUGGUGAAAUAAAAGCAUCAUGAUUCUGUCACUCUACUGAAAUGCUUUCUGUAGAAGGCUGUCCGUAGAACUGCUCUGUUAAGAACGUGUUAGGAGCCCUCACACAGCAAAAAAGCACUGCUGUCGCACUUUUCCUUGCUUAGACUAAGUAAAAGCAUUUAGUCUUCUCUGA